CAAACCAAUAUUGCCACACUCGCUUUUUACAGAAAAUAAUCCUGCAUUUCCCUGAACAACCCCCUGCUUUUAUCAGCCCGACUUUGCUCUCCUUUCCAACACAAACAUUUCUCUGUUGCUUAAACUUCCUUGAAAUGCUUUAGAAUUCACACACAAACCUAAAGGUGUGGCAAACGGAACCGUUCGGUGUCAGAAGAGAGAAAAGGAAACAGCUUGGGAGUGGGAUCGAUUGUGUUUUACUUUUUGGUCUGACCCAGUGGAAAGGAAGAGAUAAGGAUCAGAGUUCAACAUUCAGGCAAAUACGGCUGAACCUGGAGAACUGCGAAUCCCCGGCAGUGUCAAUAGUCCAGGAAGAGACUGCAAAACAAAUCCGUCAACCUCAAGAAGCGCUUUGCAGAGAUGAGAUCUUGCCUCUUCUUGGUCGUCCUUUGCCAUGGGGUGCUUGGAGAUGUCCUUCAGCUGGAGAGGAUGUAUGGAAGGAUCGCAUCCCCGGAUUUCCCCAACAUCUAUCCAAACAGCAAGGAGAGGACUUGGAACAUCACGGUCCCGCGGGGCUACGCCAUCCGACUCUACUUCACCCACUUCAACCUGGAGUUGUCCUAUCUGUGUGAAUAUGACUAUGUGAAAUUGCGUUCAGGAGGAAAGGUCUUGGCCACUCUGUGUGGGCACCAGAGCACCGACACCGAGGAAGCCCCAGGGGACAAGACCUACCACUCGCUGGACAACAACCUGGCAGUGACCUUCCGCUCGGACUACUCCAACGAGAAGGAAUUCACCGGCUUUGAGGCCUUCUAUGCUGCCGAAGACAUUGAUGAGUGUGAACAGCAGCUCGACGGUGAGCCGAUUUGUGAUCAUCACUGCCAUAAUCACCUGGGCGGCUUUUACUGCAGCUGCCAGGUUGGAUACCUGCUCCACAGAGACAAGAAGACCUGCACCGCUGACUGCCAAAGUAGGGUGCUGACAACAAGGAUGGGAGAGUUUACCAGCCCAAAUUAUCCCAACCCGUAUCCCAAACUCUCUCAGUGCCAUUACGGUAUCCGCGUGGAAGAAGGAUUUAUGGUCAUCCUGGAAUUUGUGGAAACCUUUGACGUGGAAAGCCAUCCAGAAGUGCCGUGUCCCUAUGACAUCCUUAAGAUAAAAACACCCAAGGAAGAGUUUGGCCCGUUCUGUGGAGACACCCUUCCUUCACAAAUCGAAACUCGCAGCCACAUUGUGGAUAUCCAGUUCGCCACAGACCGCUCCGGAGUUCACACCGGGUGGAAGCUCAGAUAUAACACAACAGCUCUGCCAUGUCCCAACCCUGAAGCACCACCCAAUGGCCACAUCUCUCCAGUGCAAGCACAAUAUAUUAUGAAAGACUCCUACCAACUCCUCUGUGAUAUGGGCUACGAAGUCUUGGAAAAUGAGAAGAUUAUGGAAUCCUUCACAGCGAUAUGUCAAAAGGAUGGUUCCUGGGACAAACCAAUGGCUCAAUGCACCAGUAUGUCAACAUCAAGGGGUGGGGAGAGGGUCUUUGGAUUUGCAUUCAAAUCCAACACUUCAGUGUCCACAGAUAGUGUUGUCACAGGAAGGUUUCUUUUGGAUUCCCAUCUCUCAGGAGAAUUUUUAAAUAUAAUUUUCCAUUUUUCAGUUGUUGACUGUGGCCCAGCUGUAGACGCAGCAAAUGGGACCCUCGUCUACACCACUGGGCCUGAUGUUACCACGUACCUGGCGGAGAUCAAGUACACCUGCGAGAGCCCCUACUAUGCUCUGAAACCAGGACAUUCUGGCGACUACCAAUGUGCCCCUGAUGGCUACUGGAGAGAUGCCAGGGGAAGGAAAGCACCUCCCGUCUGUGAGCCAGUUUGUGGAGUCCAAACGGCAAACGCCCUGCAGCGCAUAUUUGGUGGCAAAAAGGCACGGCCUGGCCAAUUCCCUUGGCAGGUCCUGAUCACCGAUGCGCAAGGAGCAACAGGUGGUGGAGCUCUUUUACACGACAACUGGAUCUUAACAGCUGCCCACGUCCUCACAAAUCCCGCAGACGCAUCCUCCCUGACGCUGAAACUGGGGCUUUUGAACAAGCGCUCCCCCUAUUACCACUCAGUCUGGGCCGAAUCUGCUUUUGUCCAUUCGGAUUUUGCCAACAACGGCAUCAACUUCGACAACGACAUAGCUCUGAUUAAACUCAAGCACAAAGUCCCUAUCAAUGCAAACAUCACCCCCAUUUGUUUGCCGGGAAGAAGCAGCAGAUUCCACGUGAACACAAGCGACAUCGGAGUAGUGGCGGGGUGGGGAAAAACUGAGAAAAGGAGGCAGUCUCCUUUCUUGUUAUAUACUGAACUACCUGUUGUGGAUCCCAAGAAGUGCAAAGCUGCCUACGCCGGCCAUAGCUUGGAUGGGAAGCCACUAGUCCUGACGGAAAAUAUGCUUUGUGCUGGAUAUGACCAUGGAGGAAAUGAUUCUUGUAGCGGAGAUAGCGGUGGCUCAUUAGUAUUUUUUGAUUUGGACACCAGGACGUGGUUUGUUGGUGGCAUUGUAUCCUGGGGGUUGGAGUGUGGGGCUGCAGGGCUGUAUGGUGUGUACACUAAAGUCAUGAAUUACAUCUCAUGGAUUGAAGACGUCAUUGUGCACAAUUCUUAAGAAUUAUGUCAAUUGCUUUAUUCCAAUAAAAAACCCAAAAAACCUCAUUUAUUGAGAUGUAAGUAAUAGAAAUGCUACAAUUCUACAUAUACCUACUUGGGAACAAGUCCUAUCAAGCUGCUUUGGGUUAAUAUUUAAGUAAAGCAGUAGCACCAAUUCAUGUUAUAACAACUUUUAGCGUUUGAUUUACACUUCAGUCAGAAUAUGUUUGAACAAAUUAAAAGGAUACUCUCAAGUCUAGUUAUAAUGAGGCUAUUUGCAACCCCUAGCUUUGUGCAUACUGUAUUUCUUCCAUUCUAAGACACAUCCUUUUCCUCAUAUAUAUAUUUCUAAAAACAUGGAGUGUCUUAGAAUCAUAGGUCUUAUGUAUUUUUUGUUUUGCUGAUACAGUAGUCUCACUUAUCCAAUGUUCUGUAUUAUCCAACGCAAUCUGCCUUUUAAUAGUCAAUGUUUUUGUAGUAAAUGUUUGGUGCUAAAUUCAUAAAUACAGUAAUUACUACAUAACAUUACUGUGUAUUGAACUGUCAAUUUGUUGUAAAACAUGGUGUUUUGGUGCUUAAAUUGUAAAACCAUAAUGUAAUUUUAUGUUUAAUAGGCUUUUUUCUUAAUCCCUCCUUAUUAUCCAACAUUUUCGCUUAUCCAAUGUUCUGCUGGCCCGUUUAUCUUGGAUAAGUGAGACUCUACUGUAUUGAAAUUAAAGUGUGUCUUACAACCGA